UUGCCGCCGCCUCCGAGAAUAGAACUUAUCCUGGACAAACCGCACGCAGUUGGAGCGCAAAGGAGACCGGUUGUCAGGAUCAGACCAUCAUCCUCCAUCGAAUUGGAGCAAGAAGCAGCUGAUCAGCAACGUCAACGCAGUAGAGCCAACGCAACUUCUCACGAUGCAGCAGUUGCUGUGCUGCGUCCAGGAGGCGGUUCUUUAGGUCAUCAACUACCUUGGGGCAGAGGCUGGGGAUGGGUUACUCUGCCUAAUGGUGUUUGGAGUGGAGGUCUGUCAUGGUCCCAAUACGAUGGGGCUUUCACUCUGCACGCCGUGCCCGCUGCACACUGCUCCAACAUCUCGGCGAUAAGCGGAGUCGCCGCUUCGGGAGCGAUCGACUAUUCUCCUGCUGCUCUAUUCCAAACUGACGCGCCUGAUGUUACGGACACCGUUUGCCACACGGUGACCACAUCGGUAGGGGACACUGCUCUGUCGGCCGCCACUGGGGCCGAGGAUUUCGAUUAUGCUAUGGAUUUUGGAGAUUGUUUCGGACUCUUUUAA